AUUUGUUUAUGUUAUCUAUAGUAUAGUAUAGUAUUUGUUUUCUUAAAUGAGGAGAAAAAUCACGGGAGCUGCUGGUAAUCAGAGAGUAUGGAUCCAGAAACUAACAGUUUACGUUUAUUAUCAAUUUUCCUCAGUUCGUAUAUCACUGAAGACAAAUUUGAUGAAGAAAUUAAGCGAACCGAAGAAUUGCCAUUAUUACAACUACUUUUGAAGAUGAAGUCGCAUCUAAUUCAAAUGCAAAGACAUUCACUAACUUAUUACCCUCUAGAUGGGUUGCUUGGACAAUUUGUGAAAAAAAAUGAUGAGGUUGCUACCAUUAUAGACCUUGCUUUACAAAUACAGCAGGAUACAUCUCAAUAUUUUUUACUGUUAAAUUAUGUUCACAAUAAUUUGUUACGUACAGAAUCUGGUUGCUUAAUUCCAUAUUUAAAACUACUAAAUUUGGUGUUAUCGCAUUCCGUACACGAAAGAGAAAGGUCCAUUUUAUUAUCAUUUUUAGACUCUCAAAAUUUUGAUUGUGUCAUUAACAGUUUACUAAAUGCUGACGACAGAACAGUAACCAAUUAUUUAAUUGUGCAUAUUCUCCCAAAGUAUUUAGCCCUGAAUACUAAUUGCACAAAUAAAACUCGAGACUUUGUUUGGAAACAAGCAGUUGACUCUCAAAACUUAGAUAUCCUAUGUACUGUACCAAAUUUCUUUUUAAAUAGUACUUCGCUUAGUUUAAAUGUGUACUGGAAAUCGCUACAAAAGUGCCUCGACAGUACAAAUACUAUUUUACAAAAGCAAGCCCUAUUCCUUUUAAAAGAAUCUAUAUAUUUGGUUCAGAAGUUCCAGUUAGAUUUAGACAUUGUAUCUGGGAGUGCUACAGCAUGGGCCAAUUUAUUUAUGUUAUAUGAAAUCGCGAGGGAGAAGCAAUUACACCUUGUCGAACCGGCCUUUGCUCUUCUACCCACAAUUAACCAAUUGCACCCCUCCUGGCUAAUUUCCAUAUACAAAAUUUUGCUAAAUCACCCACAUAAUGCAGUGUGCGCAUUCGCAAUAGUUCAUCUACUGCAUUCCGAUUGGUUUGCAGCAAUUGAUGUGUUUGAGCAAGUGGUUGCUUGUUUAUUACCGGCUACCAAUAAAACCGAUUUUACAACCAAUCAGAAAAUUUGGGAAUCAUUCCAGAAGUUUGCCAGAGGAGUUGGUAAUUUUAAACUUGAAAUCGUAAUAGCUCAAAGUGCCAGGAUCCGAUGGAUCCCUUCCAUUUGUUAUAUGUUUUAUCGUACUAUGUUGUUUGGUUUGAGUAUUUCCCCACCUCCUUUGUUAGUGGAUAAAGUUAUUUCCAAUAUUAACAAUGUACCUCACCGAACAAUAAGAACAAAGUGCUUUGAUCUAGUAAAAAAUUCGAUAGUACCCUGUAAUCUCAAUUUUGACGACUUUGUUUAUCUAAAUUGCCUUUUGGGCCACGAUUACGUUAUUCUAGCUGAUCUGAAUAAUUACGUUUGCAACAUUGAAAACAUUCUCACUUUGUGGCAAUCAGAUCACGUCGAUUUGAGGUCUGUGCCUGUACUGGUAAAAGUAAUCAAGACUCUCGGAGGUGAAUAUUUACAAAAUCUGCUGGCGCUUUUCAAACUGGGAAAACUGAAUCCAAAUGUAGCGGACCACCUUUGUAGGGUAAACUGCUUGACAGAGCACGAAAUAGCUGCUUACUUACAGACUCGCGUACCAAACAUAAAGGAAGGCGAUCGAGUAAUAAUUGUGCCAUCAUUACAGCAUGACGCCUUGAAUCAAGUAAUUAAUUUGUCUACGAAUAUUUUACUAAACGACACAAGUAAUAAUUCUCAAAUUGAGUUUGCAUUCGAAAUAGCACACAGAUGGGUUGAUAAAGGGGGGAAGGUUGACUUACUAAGUGAUGUUCUGGAAAAAUGGCAGGGAAAAAUUUGUAAAUUUCCCUUUAGCGCAGGCGUUUGCUGUAAUUUUGUGCAGUUGUACAGUAGAGGCCAAUUAGCAAUUUCUGCAGAUAGACUAUUGGAAACAAUUGCGCUUUUUGAGCAGAUGAUGGAGACUCAAAAUUCGGCUGUAGUGCCUGCAAUUUUUUCUUAUCUUGGUCCUUUAGUUGAUUCCUGUGAAAUCAUAGACCAGCUCGAUCCAUUUCUGGAGUUCUGCCUAAAGAAAUGGAAAGAUCUAAGAGGAAGUGAAUUAUUUAAAACAGCCACCUGUAAUUUUGUAGAAAGCCUACUUAUAAAUGGUGCGAUAUUACGUGGAAAUGUGCAUGCACUGAAAAAGUCUUCCAGUAUGUUGUGGUCUCUGUUGGAGCUGGCGAAUACUUGCGAAGAUAUCGCUUAUAGUGUAUCUGUAAACCUUCACAAACUAUCGAAAAUGUCUCCCACUGUCUGCAUGUACUUCAUACCAUUAGCAGUUGAAUUAUUACUGUUUGGUGAAAUGCUACAAAAAGAUCACAGGGCCGAGUAUGCAGUGUGUCAAUUAAUUUUUUCGGAAAAGCGAGAAAACAAUCCUCAUCAUCAGAGAAUUAUGGUGCGAGGCUUAGCAGCUAAAUGUGUGCAACACCUGCUCAAAAGUGAACAGCACAAAAAGAAUGCAGAUACUAUAACUGCAUUACUGCUAAACAAAUAUUUGAAACACUUUAGCAAACGAUAUUUCAGUGACUCGCAAAUUCACUUAACCAAACUGAGAAUUCUUCAAGGUUUACUUUUGGUUCACGAUCAUACAGUAGAUCAAAAACAACCGCUAAUAGACACAUUAUUAAAUUCUUUAUCUAACGAAAGUCACCAAGUAAGCGUCAAGUUUUUCAUUAUUUGGUUGCUUAUCCGAUUACUUAGUACGAAUGAGAAUUGUAUACAAAUAAUCACAAGUGUAAUGGAGAAAACAUGCAAAGUACACGCAUCUACAAUUAUCGCAUUUAUUCCAAUUUUGUAUCAUGUCGCUUUGCUAAGAAAUCAAGAAGCUUUCUUUUCAGAGCUCUUUAAAAUCAUGUUGCCAUGGACAAUGGGUGCUCAUUUCAAUUUACGUCUGUAUGCUCAGAUUGGCGUUAUAAAACUAUACCAGCUUAUUAAAUCAAGAGGGUUCCAUGCUCUUUGUGACCAAUACAAACACAUACUGAGCUGUGUAAGCGAAGUGUUAGAUAAGACUGAAAGAAAGGUAGAUGUAAUUGAUGAAUUUAUUUUUGAUAAGUUCGACCCAUACAUAGACUACAAUUUGGAAAUGAUAUAUUACGGUAUUCCACACAUCACACAUGUCACUUGUGAUGAAUAUGAGAAUAUGAUCCACAUAUUUAAUUGUACGAGCCGGUAUACAGUACAAGAUUUAAAUCACUGGCGACCAUCCCAACCUAAGCUUGUUAAAGACCUUAGGCCAGAUGUUGGUACAAACAUAAUUCAAAAGAAAAUGACGCCUCAGGAAGGAACUAAAAGCCCUGGAGAACUAAUUGUAGUUGCCAGUUUAAUUGACAAAAUUCCAAAUUUGGGUGGAUUAAGCAGGACAUGCGAGGUAUUUGGGGUUAAGCAGUUGACUGUAAGUUCGCUAUCCGUCGUGAAGAAUUCGGAAUUUCAAAACCUUAGCAUGUCAUCAGAGAAUUGGGUGAAUAUUGUAGAGGUGAAAUCGGAGCAACUGCAACAGUUUUUGUUAAGCAUGAAGGAAUCUGGAUACACAAUUGUGGGGGCGGAACAAACUUUGGAUAGUAUCAAGCUGAAUGAUUUUCGAUUUCCUAUCAAGUGUGUACUUUUAUUAGGCAAUGAAAAAGAAGGGAUUCCUCCCAAUUUGCUUUCCUUUGUGGAUCAAUGUGUGGAAAUUCCUCAAUUGGGUGUAGUCCGUUCUUUAAACGUACAUGUGGCGGCUGCUACGUUUAUUUGGGAAUAUACAAAGACAUAUAUUAAAUUGUAAAUAUAUUUUAUGCAAACAAAAUU